CCGUUCACCCGCUCGCAGUCUGUGCUCAAACGUUAUAGUGUCUACAACCACUGUGCCAGGACUUUGUAAUUAUGAAUACACAGUGUUUUAUAGUGUUAGCGCUCGCUUUUGGCGUCGCGGUCGCCCAAGAAUCCUUCAAAUGCCCAGAUGACUUCGGCUUCUACCCUCACCACAACUCAUGUGACAAAUACUGGAAAUGUGACAAUGGUGUUGCUGAGCUCAAGACCUGUGGAAACGGACUCGCCUUCGACAACACAGACUCCAAAUACUUGACCGAAAACUGUGACUACCUACACAACGUUGACUGUGGAGACAGAACACAACUAGAACCUCCAAUCUCUACUCCUCACUGCGCAAGACUGUACGGUAUCUUCGCUGACGAGGCCAAAUGUGACGUUUUCUGGAACUGCUGGAAUGGAGAGGCAUCUCGCUACCAGUGCAGCCCUGGACUCGCUUACGACAGAGAAGCUCGCGUGUGUAUGUGGGCUGACCAGGUUCCAGAAUGCAGAAACGAAGAGGUAGCAAACGGUUUCUCUUGCGCCAACCCUGGUGAAGUUGCCAAUGCUGGAUCAUUCAGUCGCCACGCCCACCCCGAAGAUUGCCGUAAAUACUACAUCUGUCUCGAAGGUGUUGCCCGUGAAUACGGGUGCCCAAUUGGAACCGUCUUCAAGAUCGGAGACUCAGACGGUACAGGCAACUGUGAAGACCCAGAAGACGUUCCCGGAUGCGAAGACUACUACGGUGAUUUGGACCUGAAGUCUAUCCGCAAGAGUGAGCUCCUCGCCGGCCUCAAGAGCGACGGCCAGUCCCGCCCAGACCAGCCCAAGCACCUCAAACCCCGUCCACAAAAAGAGAACUAAACUGAACUAAACCCACUCUAUACAGUCUAAUACUCACGUAAAAUAAGUUCGUUCACAUCGCGAGUGAUCUGUAUUCACAUUGAAUGAAUUAAAUCGCCUUUUUAUUUAAAUUGCUCGCGGUGAUGUAGUUAAUACGAGUUUCGAAUUGUUAUGUAAGUGAGUGAUACUAAAUUGUUUUGUAUUCAUGUCCAGUUGCCAAAUACUCGAUGUAACAAACAGUUCAGAUAGGACCUAGAAAAUCAUUCCGUUUAGAAAUAUUUAUUAUACUGUUACUAUGUUAUUUGAUAGAUCGGUUCUUCCUGUGUAUAUAUCGGAAUAAAAUUAGUCUACAGAUUAUAUAAUGUUUUGCAUUUAUGGUAUUAGGUUUCGAAAGAACAUUCAAUAAAUUCAAUUGACCGUUGUAAAUAUAUUAACUGAAACGUUACGACUGAGUGUUGUUGUUUGAUAGACACUGUACUACUUAAGUUUUAUUUUUAGUGAUAAAAUAAACAAAAUAUAUAAAAAUCAAGAAUGUUGUUUUUAGUUCUGACGUUGCACUUGCACUUUUCUCGUAACCACCUUUCACAAAACACUAUUUCAAUUGCAUUUACUUUCUAAUAACCUUUUAAUAACUUCUCUUACAGUCUAUCUGUUUCUUAAUCUGUAAACAAACUUAUGUUACAACUAGCUGGUUCCUUUCUACGGAUUGCUGACCUCGUUGUUAUCAGUGAGGAUUACUACGGUGAUGUAGACCUCAAAGCGUUGAAGAAGCUGGGAUUCUGAAUGUCAAGGAGCGACUCGAAGCACAGACUGAAGUUCAAUCUUUUUGAUUUAAUUUAAUUUCGCCUCUUCAGAAUACGCAAACAAGAGCGAAUUAAUCUAGCUAUGUAUUUACAUAAUACAUUUAUAAAUUAAGUAAUUUUAUGUUUGAAUUGUCAUAAAAUGGAAAUCAAGGUUAAGUUUCAAAUGUGUAAAAAUAUUGAAUUCUAUCUGUCUGAAGAGGCGCACAAGAAUAAAGGCAACAUGUCUCCAAAAAGCAGAGAUUUUUUGACAGUAAACGUUAUUUUAAUUAUUGCCAAAAAAACUCUUUGACAUAGUACCAACUGGUACUGUGUUGAAACAAAUUUAGUCAUACUUAGUAAUAAGUUUAGUGUUAAAUUUUGAUUAUAUUUUGUAAAUAAAUAUACUAAUCCAUAUUA